GAGGAGAAGGAGAAGGGAAGGAGGGAGGAAGAGAGAGAGAGAGGGAGCUGGCUCUUUAAGGGCCGGAGGGAGGCCUAGAGGAAGUUUUUAGGCGGUACAGUAAUUGGAAGCUAAGGGAGAGGACUGUUUGUGGGGCAGGCGCAGAAAUACAGCCAUCUCCAAUUGUCUGGUUUUGGGGAUCCUUUUUUCUAGAGAGGCUGGGGGUUAUGUCCUGCCAGCAGAGAGACUGCCUUUCUCCUUCACCUCUCCUUAUAAUUGUUUGUGGUGCCAUCAGUUCUUGUUUGGCUGGCAAGCUAGAACAUGAACAGCCAAGGGCAAUGUAACACCAGAAGAUGGCAAGCCUGCAGGAGCUUGGGGACCCUCAGAGGGAGGGCACUUUGGAGGCUGAGGCACUUGCUAGCUCUUGCUUGGCUGGCAACAGGCUCAACUUGGACGUCUACACAGAGGGCUGCCUUCUGUUCCUCAGGCUGUUUGAGACACGAAGGGAAGAAGUGGAGCAGGUGGAAUUCCUGAGACUGAGCUGCAAUGAGCAGCUCAUUGCUUCCACUCUCAGCAUCAUUCCUGCCCUGAAGGGCCUGAAAUCUCUUGUACUCAAAGGUGGACACACCAGGGAUGAAACUGGAGCUUGCCAGAGAGGACUGCUGUCCUCCUUGCCGCAAGAGCUUGGAGAGUUAACCCAACUUGCCCACCUUGAUCUCAGCUUCAACAGCUUUACUGCAAUGCCCUCCUCUGUCACCAAGCUGGUCAGCCUCAGGGGUCUCUUGAUCUGUCACAACAGCUUGCAGGAGCUACCGGAAAGCUUUGGCCAACUUACUGAGCUGAUUUUCUUCUCAGCCAUGAAGAACCAGCUCAGAGGUCUGCCACAAAGUAUUGGGGAGCUGGCAGCUCUGCAAACCCUAGACCUUUCAACAAACAUGCUGGAAUCACUUCCAGAAGAGAUUGGGAAUCUUCAGAAUUGUACAGAGCUGGAUCUCUCAGGGAAUCUGUUAACUGAAAUCCCCAACUCUCUUGCCAAUUUGCAAUCUCUGCGGCAGCUGCAUCUUCACAGCAAUCUCUUGGUGACAGUUCCUGCAUCCCUUGCCCACCUUCCCAACUUGUCCAGGCUUGAUCUGCAAAAUAAUAGGCUGCGUACCAUCCCUCAAGAGAUCCAGAGCUUGCCCUAUGUGCAUCUCCGUGGUAACCCAUUAGGGGAACCCGAGGUGCCUCCGCAACCAGAGAACUCGACCUCGGAAGAACUGCGAAGACUGUUUCUUGAAGAUGAUGAGGAUAGCUUUACAGUGACUCCUGAUGGCUGCAGAGUUUCCCUGGUUUGCGGCAUCCAACUUUCAUUUCCCCAAGGUGCCACCACUACUUUGGUAACUAUCCAUUUCCAAAAAUGCUUUCCUGAUCCUCAAUGGGUGAAGCUAAAGCACCAUGAUAUCCUGCUGAGCAAAAUCCUGGAACUGCAGCCUCAUGGGAUUCACUUUCAGAAGGAGGUGCAGGUCUGGAUACCCUAUGCUUCCCCUCAGAGCCUGAAUGACCGUGAGAUCAUAAUUCGAACCUUUAGUGGAGAAAAGUGGAGUGAACUAAGAACUAGAGUGAAACACAAAGGGAAAAAGCGUUUGGCCUGCUGCAGUGUUCCUCACUUCUCCUGGUUUGUGGUUGUCUCUCGCCUUGUGGAGAAUGAAUGCAGAGUUCCUCAGGAGGGGGCCCUGCUUUUCUCAACAGUGGAUCCCAACAUCAAAGUGACCUUUCCUCCUGGAGUGACUGAGGAGACUAGGACAGUGAAGCUCCAGGUGUUGCCUGUCUCAGCAGAAGAGAUCCAAGAGAUCACAGAAGACUCUGAAACUGUUGCUAGCCCCCUGCUCUUCCUUUCCCAGAAUUCCACAGUGGACUUCCUCCAGCCAGUUAAAAUUCAGCUCCCACUGCCACCAGGGGUUACAGGUCUAACCCUGGAUCGUUCCAGGGUCCAUCUGUUGCACGGGGACUGGAAUGUUCAGAACUGGGAUGAUAUCACAGAUCAAGUGGUACUGGAGUUCACCCAUCUUUAUGCUUUGUUUGAAGUCACACAUUUCUCCUGGUACUGGUUAUGGUGCACCACCAAAUCCUAUAUCGGUGGCAUUGCCAAAAAGGUCUACAAAAGGCUGCGCAUGUACCAGGUGAACUUCAUUGCUCUACAAAGGAAAAAGGAUCCAGAACAAGUCUUACUGCAGUGUGUCCCAAAGCACAAGGUUGAUCCUGUUUUGAAAAAGCUGCAAGACAGAUACCGGGGCCCUGAGCCAUCUGAUAUAGUGGAGAUGCUUGAAGGAGAGCAGUUCUUUGCAGCUUUUGAACGAGGCAUCAGCAUUGAUGCAGACCGUCCAGACUGCAUUGAUGGAAGGAUUUCAUUCAACUUUUUCUCACACCUGAAAAAUCAAAAGGAAAUUUAUAUCACCUCUGAGGUGGAUAGGAAAAACACAGCUGUGAAAGGGCAGUGCAGGCAGAGGCCACUCUUCUUCUUGGCCAUGAAAUUGAAAUCUCAGGGGAAUGGGCAACGUGCAACCCAAAACGACUUUUCUCUUCCCCCUCUGAAUUUGGGAAAUGCGGAAACUGGCUACCUCACACAGUCCAAUCUACUUGGCAUCGCUGGGCGCAUAGGAGCUGAUUGGCAAACUAUAGGUUUACACCUGGGAUUCUCCUAUCAGCAGAUUCAGCAGAUUCAAUACAAUAACAGGGAAAAUCUCAGCACUCAGAUUCUGGAUAUGCUCUUCUCUUGGGCUCAGCAAAAUGAAAAGAAGCCUGACAGUGUAGACCAGCUGAUCCAUGCCAUGAAGGAGAGUGACCGCCAAGACAUAGCUGAUGAGAUCAUAGCCAUCAUUGCACUGGGAAAGGAAAAAUACAGGGAGUCCAUCCGGAGGGUGGGCCUGGACCAAGAAAGUAGCACUGAAGAUUCAGCCAUUGCCAUGACGUAGCUACCAGCAAAAAGCCAUCAUAACCUUAUUACCAUUCUGUGCCACGGGACUGCUAGAACCUCAGGAAGAACUGGCAAUGUCAGCACAUUCCUCACCAUUCCAAGAGCAUAGGCUAUGGAGACCCUGAUUCUAGCCCUUUGCCCUGGCUAACUGAUGCCUGGAUUUUGUCAUGGUCCAAAAUGUACCUUGCUCAUGAUGACUGGAAGUGAAGAUAUCCUGCUGGAUCUGGAACAGAGACCAUGAGCAUCAGUAGAGUGGAGA